AUGGCUAUGCCCUGCCCUUUCACCAGCCUCCUCCUUCUCCUUGUUGUGCCCCUUUCCCAGGCUGCAAACCAGUCCCCACUGCCUCUUGGCUCCCUGCCUGCUGUCCCCACGCUGCCCCUCCUGCAGGCCCUGCAAACCCGGGCUCCAGGCAGCCCAGGCUGGCAGGUGGGGCCAGCCAGUGGGCAGCCCCUGCGCUACAUGCUGAAUCUGUACCGGCGUGCUGCUGACCGCGAAGGCCGCCCCCGCCGCAGCCGCAGCCUGGGCACCAACACCAUCCGCCUGGUCCAGGCCAGUUCCCAUGGGGGUCAGCCCUGGGCAGGUCGCUGGUAUUUGCAGGCCCUCACCUACCACAUGGAGGGCCAGCCAGAGGUCGAGCACCUCCUCAGAGCUACUGUGGUCUACCUGCCCAGUCUGUCACUGGCCCACGGUCGCCUUCUCUGCGCUCUGGAGCUGGUGAUGGCUGGCGAGGCACCCAGGGUGCUGCUCAGCCCUACUGCCCGUCCCCGCCAUGGCUGGGCCGAAGUUGACGUCACCCCUUAUCUGGUGCUGGGGAACAGCAGCGUGGGGAGCCUGGCACUGCGGCAUGUCUGCGUGCGUGCUGGCCGAGCAGGAGGCCAUGAUGCCCCCGUGGCCCCUGGCCACCCUUUCCUCCUUCUCUACCUUAAUGAUACCCAGGCAGGGUUGGCACCUCUGGCAGCAGAGCCCCACCGAUACCGACGUGAUACAGGGACAUUGGCUCAUGACCUGCCCAAGUACCUGCAGGACCAGGGAGGGGAGAAGAGUGACUGUUCCCUCCGCCCCUUCCCUGUCAGUUUUGCACAGCUGGGCUGGGACCACUGGAUCAUUGCUCCUCACCGCUAUAACCCACGCUACUGCAAGGGCACCUGUCCCCACCUGCUCCGCUAUGACUUCCACGCACCCAACCAUGCUGUGGUGCAGGGUUUUGUUCAUCAGCUGGUGGAUGCCAAUGUGCCCCGGCCCUCCUGUGUGCCCUAUCGCUACAGCCCCAUCAGUGUCCUCAUGAUUGAACGCAAUGGAGGCAUACUGUACAAGGAGUACGAGAAUAUGAUUGCAGAGUCCUGCACUUGCCGGUAA